UCAUUCUCAAACAUGUUCACUAUGCUCACACUUAUAGACGACUUCACAUUUGAUCCCGAUUGUUGAUUUCCGCCACGAUGAGUAACUUUUGUAGAGAAGUCAUCACGCUUCAGUUGGGACACUAUUCCAACUUUGUUGGGACUCACUGGUGGAAUUUACAGGAUGCGUCUUUAUCGUACGACGGCGAGAUGGCGCCGAGCCACGUCCAGAGCGACGUCCUGUUUCGUGAAGGACAGACAACGGGCGGACAUGUCACCCACACGCCUCGCCUCAUCGCCAUGGACCUCAAAGGAAGCCUCCGGACUCUACGGCAGGAGGGAAGUCUGUACGACGCCGGCAACGACACCUCGGCUGUCACAUGGGAGGGAAACCUCUUGAAGGUCGAAGAAAGUCCGGCUCAGAAGAACUCGUUCCUCGAAGACCUGGACCGGCUGGAUAAAGGGGAGAUCCUCGGCGAAGAGGAGUCUUCCGCCAGUCCUCAGCCUCAGUGCCCGGGUGCAGUGCGCUCGGACACCGUGAACAGCCAGCUGGCUCGGGUCCAAAAGGGCUACCAGCUGGAGGGCAGCGUGAAGGUGUGGUCCGACUUCCUCAGGAUCCACCUGCACCCCCGCACCAUCUCCGUCAUCCACCAGUACAACCACGACGGGGAGACUCACCGCCUGAAGUCUUUUGGCCAGGGAGAGGCCCUCCUGCACGGGCCGGUGCUCGAGCAGCUGGAGGACAAGCUGCACUUCUUUGUAGAGGAGUGUGAUUACCUUCAGGGUUUCCAGAUCUUCUGCGACCUGGCCGAUGGCUUCGCCGGCCUGGGGUCGAAGGUCACGGAGAUGCUGCGGGACUCGUACGGCGGACGAGGCAUCCUGACCUGGGGAAUGGCGCCCGUCAGCCACCCGGACACGACCCCCAUGAGGGAGCUCUACCACGUGCUGAACGGCGCGUUGGGGGUGGUCAACAUGGCCGAACACAGCUCCUUCUUCUGCCCGCUGACACUGCGCGGUGGACUGGGGCGGCGGCCCUCAGCUCCCACGGUGUUCCCCCUCCUAAACUAUGACGCUCAUCUGUGGUACCACUCCAGCGCUGUGCUGGCUCUGGCCCUCGACGCCCUCACGCUGCCUUACAGGCUGAAGGAGGGCGGCGUCCCCAUGUGGCAGGUGGCCGACUCGCUCGCCGUGUCUGGCAGAAAGGUGGUGGCCGCUUUUGGUGCCCUCCCCUUUCCCAUGAUGCACGGCGGCUCUCUCCCCGACGCCCUGAGCGCCUGUGCGGACGCGUUGCCCUGGCAACCGCUAUCGGCGUGCCCCGAAGCCGCCGACGGCCGCUGCUACGGCCAGUGGGCGACGCUCAGGGGCUUCGAGGGACAGCGGCUCGUCAGCUCCGUGGUUCCGGGGACUCGGCCACACAGCCAUCUGCACGGGCUCCACAGCGGGGAGGACGUCCUGGAGUCCUACAUCCAAUCGUUCUACCCGUCGUCUCCUCUCGCUCUGCAGUUUGUGUCGUCGCCCAGUCUGCUGACGCCGCCGUUCCCUCAGAUCUUCAGCCAGUCGCUCGGCGCUCAGGGCUUCCUGCAGAGCCGGCAUCCUCCUCCAGGCUCCCGGGCCCCCGCGGUCUCCUCGGUGCCCGUCUUGACGUCCCUCCAGUCGAGCCCCGCCGUCGGCUCGUGGCUGUCGGAGCUGCAUCGCGGCGCCAGCGCUCUGGACCUCCACCGCGUGGCCCCCAGCUUCCUCUCCCAGGGGCCCGAGAUGGACGACUACAAGGAGGCCCUGGAGGAGCUGCGCCUGCUCGGCCGGUGUUACCGCGACCUCAGCGGCGGGGCGGCGCACACCUCCUCGGAGGACGACGACGACGACGACUGACAACGGCGGUCUCUUGGAUGCACUGAAGGACACGCCCACAGAGAGCAGCGGGAACAUGAGGCGACGGCUGGAGCCGCAUGUGGACUGAUUGUCUGUAACCGUGUUUUAUACGAAGGACGCUAUAAAUGUCUGUUUACAUCGGGAUGCUCGUCUCGCCUGUGGCUCCGACCAUGAA